GAUGCUGAUAUCAUGUGGUUCAGGGACCCAUUCCCACAUUUUACUUCGGAUGCAGAUUUUCAGAUUGCCUGUGACCAUUUCUCAGGUGACCCUAAUGAUGUGGAGAACAGACCCAAUGGAGGCUUUAAGUUUGUAAGGUCCAAUAACCAGUCAAUAGGGUUUUACAAGUUCUGGUACUCCUCACAAGAAACGUAUCCAGGAUUACAUGAUCAGGAUGUCCUUAAUAAUAUCAAAUUUGAUUCUUAUCUGAUAGAUAUUGGAUUGAAUAUGAGAUUCUUGGAUACUUCUUACUUUGUAAACUUCAUUGAUCUUAAAAUCAUGCUUCAAGGUUGGAAACUGUUUAUGUCUUUGCCACCAAGCUUGAAGAGAUCAUCAAUGCAAUCUUGGAGGGUUCCUCAAAACUGCAGGAAAAAUGUCUCGAUUCUCUUCGCCCAUAUGGUCCUCCAGGGAAGGUUGUUGACCAAUGAUAGGAAGAUGGGGUUAAAUAUUGCAGAUAUUAUUAGUUCUUGCCCCCUGUAG